CAGUUCAGCUGCCGCAAAUCGUUUUUUACAUUUUUAUUAUUAGGGAUUUUAGUUGAGAGGCUUGGGACAGCUACCUUUUUACACCUUCUGUAUUUUUUGACUAAACGUUUUUUCAUGUUUAGGUUAUCUGGUCAUGCUGGAAAGUUUAAAUGACGAAAUAUUUUCUCUUUUCCUUUGCCACAAGCUGUCACAGGAAAUGCAUUAUGAUUGUGUGUUUGGCCUACAAUGUGCCUUGUCAAUGUCAUUGAUGUGUGUCUAACUCUUGUCGGUGUCUUUUUUUCUGUUAAAGGGUUGAAUAUGGCUCUGUCCUUCCUUUUUGUCUUUGCUGCAACUGUGAUUCUUAUCAGACCUGAGACACCUGUCACUAAGGCUUUACAUCAGAACUACCUUGAGUGUUGUGGCGAGAAACAGAAAGUGAACAGCUCAUGUUCAAAUGACACCCACUGUGAACCCGGAUGCGUCUGGCGUUUCCUUGAGAACAGCAACACUGUUUGCAUACUUUGUGACGCAACAGCUGUGGAUUGGGAGAACAGAACAGUCUGCACCUACAACUACACAGGGGAGAGGAGAAACAACACAACCGUAACUACUGUCAUUCCUAAAAUUGGAGGGCCGGGUGUGGCAGCGUCUCUUCUUCUUGGAACUCUGUUGAUCAGCCUGUUCCUCAUCCUCUCUGUUGCCUCCUUUUUCUACCUCAAACGCUCCAACCGACUCCCGAGUAUUUUCUACCGCCGCAACAAGGCCUUCAUAUUCCAACCAAGUGAGACUGCUGUCAUGAUCCCAUCCUCGACAGUGAGGAAGCCUCGAUAUGUCAGAAGGGAGCGGCCCAUUGCAACACUAAAUAGUGCCACCGUACCCACCACAUCCACCACAUCCACCACCCAAGUCUAUAAUGUGUAGGAGGGCCGGUGCAGGUACAAGAGAACGCUCAGGAAAGAUGUUGGAUUUACUCUUUGUCAUGUGAAGGUUUGUUGCAUUGUAGGUAGGAUGCCAUAUUCAAGUGUAGCUGCUUUUGCUGCACUGUUGUCACGAGGGCUGUUUCUUUUUCUCUAACAAUCAGUGUUAUAUUGUAGUAUCCACCUGCUGAUCCGUGAAGUGUCACAUUUACUGAUUAACUUUGAAUCCGAAGUUCAUGCCUUUAGAUUGAGGUUACACCCCCCCCCCCCCUCUAAUGAUAAGCUUAGCUAAAGCCAUGUUUUUUACAAGUCUGAGAGUGCUAAUUAUCUUCCAAUUCAUUGCAGAAACAUGUAAAGGCAGCAUAUUUCCUACUAACCCUUUUAAUGCAAACAUGAAUAGUGACUGAGCUCAAGGUGGGGAGCAGUGAUCUGGUUGGGGGGGGACAAAGUGACAGCCCAGUGACAGUCGAUGGAAGCUUGUUUUUUCUAAAUAGGAUGAUAUUUAGAUGUGUGAUAUUUAUUUACAUUUUGUAACAGUGCAUUGAGCUUUAUUGAUUAGUCAGACCAAAAGAAUAAAUGAUGUGUCAAAUGGUAGAGUUGCUCUGAUGGGCUGGGAUCAUUUGGGGAGAGUGCUUUAGGCAUGAUUGAUUGUUUUUAGAUUUUACUCUUAACUAAGGUGAAUGUAUUGCACAAAUCAUCCAUCGCAAGCUGCAGCUGGCAGUCAGACAUGAAAGAGGUGAAGUCAUUACGUUUUCACAGGAAGGUCUGCGGCCGU